CUCACCAGAAUGCCCUGUAUCUGUCUAUCUUACAACAAUACCCCAGCCUCACCAGAAUGCCCUGUAUCUGUCUAUCUUACAACAGUACCCCAGCCUCACCAGAAUGCCCUGUAUCUGUCUAUCUUACAACAGUGCCCCAGCCUCACCAGAAUGCCCUGUAUCUGUCUAUCUUACAACAGUACCCCAGCCUCACCAGAAUGCCCUGUAUCUGUCUAUCUUACAACAGUACCCCAGCCUCACCAGAAUGCCCUGUAUCUGUCUAUCUUACAACAGUGCCCCAGCCUCACCAGAAUGCCCUGUAUCUGUCUAUCUUACAACAGUGCCCCAGCCUCACCAGAAUGCCCUGUAUCUGUCUAUCUUACAACAGUACCCCAGCCUCACCAGAAUGCCCUGUAUCUGUCUAUCUUACAACAAUACCCCAGCCUCACCAGAAUGCCCUGUAUCUGUCUAUCUUACAACAAUACCCCAGCCUCACCAGAAUGCCCUGUAUCUGUCUAUCUUACAACAGUGCCCCAGCCUCACCAGAAUGCCCUGUAUCUGUCUAUCUUUAAACCUCCUACCACAAAUCUCCUGUCCGUCAGUUGUUUUUUGCUGUCAUUUAGUUACGGACGGUACAUUUUAUAAGAUUGCUGUACGUUACCGCACUCGUUUCAAAUGUGCUUUAUUUUCUGUUCAGAGCGCUGGGUGCAUUUUUUAACGGUCUCCUUCUGCCCCCGUGUGGCUGAUUUGCGGAACUCCUCUAUAUUACCGACUUUCCAGUUUUGCCAGAUUUUCCGAGAAGUUGAGUUACACGUCACCAUGGAACCUGUACUGGUGAGAAGACGUGUACUGUGACCUCAGCAGUUCCUGCGUAUCAGCUGACCGUGUACAAGAAGCAAGGAACGUGUAGCUCAGAUGCAAAACAAUAAUGGUUUCCCUCUCGCAGGCCCCUCCUCCAACCCACGGAAGAGGCAGGUGCGUUUUUCGGCCCGCCACGACAUCAUGCUGCUGCGGGAGGUGAUCGCUCAGAACCCCUUUUCCUCCAAGGAGCCGGGCCGCGUCUGGGCCAAGGUGGGCGAGCUGAUCACCGCCGCGCUGCAGGACGAGAGCUUCGAGGUGGACGCCAGGCGGUGCCGUGAGAGAACUGCGCUGCUCCUCGACUACUACAAGAAGCAGGACUUCCCCAGCCUGCGGAGGUUCGGGACGGAACGGCUGUACGCCCAGAAGGAGGAUCUCCUUCAUGAAGUGCUUGAACUGGAGGCGGAGAAGGGGCUGCUGGGCUCGGCGGAGGGAAAGUACCAGGACGAGAUGCCGGCUGAGCUGAGGAAGAGAGCGCUGGAGGAGCUGGCUCACCAGGAGAGCGAGAAGCCAGAGCAGCCACUGCCAGGGCUUGGGCAGGCACACACAGGUCCAGCCGCCCCUGAGGUGGAGGAGCAGGAGCAGGAGCAGGAGCAGGAGGAGCUUCCCGACAUCCCAGCUCCGAUGGCGAAGCGCGCUUGCCAGUGCUGCUGCCAGACCUACUCGGAGAUCCUGACCUUCCUGGAGAAGCGCUCUGACGCGGAGCAGCGUCUGCGCGAGGAGGAGAUGGCCCUGCGUAGGGAGGAGCUGGAGAUCCAGAGAGGGAAGAUCACGCUGGAGCGGGAGAGGCUGGAGGCAGAGCGCAGGGAGCGGGAGAGGAGGUUCCAGCUGGAGAGUCAGGAGAGACAGGUCAUACUGGACCUGCUCAAGGACAGGGUUGUGAAGUACUGAGCAACAGGGCUACGGGAGAGACAACAGUGCUUCCCACUGGAGUCCAGCUGUCCAGGCCCUCUCCCGAUCCAGGAGCUUAGAUCACCGUACCUUAGACCCAGGCCUGAGCUCUAGCCACUAGGCUUUCUCUAAUAGGGUUGGAAGCCAGAGAGGUGACUCAGCCUGUGCUGAAAUGAAAGUGAAAUAGGUUAGUUUGCAUUUGGAAGUUAAAGCUGUUCCUCAGGGAAAGCCCAGAAAUCAGAGCCAGCCUGGUUCACGAGACACAUGGUAAGACAGUGGCUAAGCUGGGUUUGGUAGUCCUCAGUUCUACCCACAGGCCCUGUAUACUGGCAAGUGCUAAUUCCAGUGUGUUUGGCAUACAUGUAAACAUCUGGAGGAAGCCAGAUUACCAAGAUUAUUCUUUUGGUGGGCUAAAAAACAAAAUGAUUUGUACAUGAAAAAUUAACAGUGGCUUGAUUUUAAGCUGUAGAAGUUUAAAAAAACAUAAAAACUGGAAACUGGUACUGAAAAACAGAUUCCUGUAUGUUUCAUUUAGCCAAACAAUAAAUAUUGCAUGCCGAUAAUCUGACAUUGCAAUUUUAGUUUUUUCACUAUGUUUAAUAUUGUAGACCACCUUGAUGUAUUUGAAAACAAAUGUACAAUGUGAAAUAUGGAAGUAAAAUAUGCAUUUUAUAAA